UCUCGGCUAAAAAACAAUAGUGUCAUAUUCAAUAUGAAAUACUUUAGAGUUUAUUGGCUUUUGAUUGUUUUGAUGCUUUUUAUCAGCUCAGAAGAUGUUCUGGCGGCACCCAAGCGAAAAUCUAAACCGAAAUUUCAAUUUCCGAAAAUCAACAUAAAUAUUCAUCAUAAUAAUAUUCAUAUUGGAUAGCAGCAGAAUAUUAAGUCAUUUAGGUUUAAAAUGAAUUUUUUUCUCAAUAUUUGCUAAGAGGUUUAAAAAAUAAUGUCAUAAUAUACC